GCGCAGCGUGCUCGGCCGCACAGCGUGACCGGCGCCCGAGAACGACGCUAGAGCGUGCGGUGCGACAGCGACACGUCUGCGGCCCGCUCCACUCCCGCGCCGAUACCGCACUGCUAUUGCGGCUCGACCGUCUCGCGAACUCUGUGCCACUCGUUAUACCGUGAUACGAACCGCGAAGAUCGCUCCUGUGCCGUAUUACCGUGCUACCGUGCUGCAGAUCGAUCAGCUGGCGACGAUCGCGACCGCAACCGCGCUCUAUACGUACGCUACUAGCUGCAUGCAAAGAUAUAAAGAUGUUGUUUUUGCGGCGGGUGCAGAUGGCUCUGCUGGUGUUUGCGGCGGGGGCGGCGAUGUGCGGGCGCGCGGACGCGGCCAGCGCCGCCAUGAAGCUGUGCGGCCGCAACCUCGGGGUGAUUCUCAGCAGGGUGUGCAGCGAAUACAACAGCCCCGCAUGGGAUGUACCCACAGUGAUCGAGCAGACGGCGGGGGUGGUGAGGCGAAAGCGGGAAACCGGAAUCGUGUACGAGUGCUGCACGCAAGGCUGCACCUAUGAACAUCUCUCAGAGUACUGCGCCACUACUGUUAAAGCCACUUCAGAAACCUCGGUGGAUUCGCACAUGAUCGAGGACCGAUGUCGGUGCCGCGGCCGACGCUCACGCCGGCGGCGCCCAACCCUCAUGGGUAACAUGCACAUCAUAAAAAGUGCAGCGCGCGCUGCGCCCGUGGUGGGCACCGUGUCACCCCUCCUGACUUGGGGCAGAACCCUAAACACUGACUUGCCAACGGUCGACAACGACCGCUACGCAUAUGUUAUAUAUGCCUAAAGGACAAGGAAUGAAAACAUUCGGACAAGAUGAAAUAUCCACACAUGUAUCUAUGGAACUUCAAGUGGCUACUUUGUAGAAGUUUGUGACAUCAUUAACAUGAGAAUGUCACGGAUGAAGUGAUGAGAAUCAGUUAUCGUCCAAGCGUUUUAUAUUUAAGUGUGCAUUUAUGUUGACGUAUCUGUUUGCGAGUAUAUUUGUUUGAAUUUAGCUUAUGAAAAUCUCAUGUAUAGCUAAUGAUAUUCUGGAAAUGCUUUUAAAUUAUGUAUGCCUGUCUUUAGAAUUUUAAACCUGUUGUGAAACAUGUGUCAUGAUACUGCAGCUAGUCAGUGAGCUAAAAACACCAGUAAAAUAAUAUCGAUUUAAUUUAAUACAGAAACUAUGGUCAUAAUGCAAUAUAUUUAGAUUUUAUCACGAUCAGUUUUAAAAGUGUACCUAGAUUCACGAGUUUCCAGCGCUGAAAACGCGUACAAAAAUGUAGUGGACAAUUUUUUAAGGACAGUGAUUUUGUACAAAUUGGACGUUCCGGAAAACUGUCUAAAGGCCACUUUGGCCAUAUCAAUAUUUUGAUACACCCUGUAAAAUGUAUUGAAUUCUAAUAACCCAAGCUUAGAGAAUUCUUACCUAUUUUUAUAAAAGAAUUUGCAUAGUCUUGUACCAUAAUUCACUUAUAUAUAUUUAUUUAUUUAUCUGAUAGGUCUUUUAACACAUAGUCUACAAUUAUGUUUGUCAUAAUACAUUCUCUAUAAUGAAUUACAACUCAGCAUCGAGAAAACUUUAGAUUAUAACAUUUUUUUAUCUCACAAACAUCACUAUAGUAUGUUUAGUACAAAUUGACUUGUUUUAAAAAUUAAAGAGAUUAUAGGAAAUAAUUUGGUACAAUCAGACAAAGCAUAACUUAUAAUAAGUUAGCUAUUAACUAUAUUUCAUUUUAACAACGGCUAAAUUAGAGGAACUUCAAAUUCUACAUAUGUCGGAAUAUUUUAUUAUUAAUUUUGUGAUAGUUUUACGAUAAAAUGAAGUUAUCUAGUAUAAUGUUUGUAGUUGCUGUUUGUAGUUAUGUGAAACAGAGUGUUAUGCCAAAAAAAAAUCUGAAUUUAUGAUUUUUAGUAAUGUGUUUGUCUAUGGUGGAUAAAUGUUGUUGCAUUGAAAUGAAAUAUAGUUAAAUUUUAUCUGUAGGUAAAUGUAAGUUAUGGCCUACAUGUAACGCUUUAUUACACCAUAAUAGUAAGCUGUGUUUAAGUUAUAAUUUUUGUGUUAAUGUAACAUCUACCAUAUAAGAUUAAAAGAUCUCUUAAGCAUCUGUGAUAAAUCCAAUUGAUUAAAUAAAACAUUAACUUAUAAACUAUUUUAGUUAUUACUAAAUACCACAAUUAGAAUAAAGUAUUUCCUUGCCAUGUUAGAAACUUUCUUAUUAAGUUAAAGUAGGAAAAAGUGACUGAAUUAAUGGAUGCUGUAUUAAAUCUUUCAUUUCUUUC